GUGUAAAGAUGGUCGCGGCUUUAAAGAAGUCCAGUCCGACUCGAAUGAGAAGCUGCUGGUUUUUAUUUCCAAUGUUUAAUUUAAAAAAUAUCCGAGCACUAACAUGUUUGUUUGUUGCCGUGUGUGUGUGGACGAGCCCGUCGCUGGCGGACGAGCAGGAGUUCAUGGAGGACUUUCUGAAGCGGGAGUAUUCUCUGACCAAACCUUACCGUGGGUUGGGCUUCUCUAGUUCCGCACAGUGGGAUCUGAUGGGCACUGCCAUGGUGACGCCUGACCAUGUGAGGCUGACCCCCGACCUGCAGAGCAGGCAGGGAGCCGUGUGGAGUCGAAUUCCUUUGCUCUUGCGGGAUUGGGAGCUAAAGGUGCACUUUAAAAUCCACGGCCUGGGAAGGAAGAAUAUGAAUGGGGACGGAAUGGCCAUCUGGUUAACAAGAGAUCGCAUGCAGAAUGGUCCUGUAUUUGGUAACAUGAACCAGUUCACUGGACUUGGUAUAUUUAUGGACACUUACCUCAAUGCGGACAAGACCCACGAUAGGACUUUCCCAUAUGUAUCAGUGAUGCUGGGGAAUGGGACCUUGUCAUAUCAACACGAACAAGAUGGACGCCGCACUGAACUUGGAGGGUGCACAUCCUUGGUGCGCAAUGCGAUCUUCGACACAUUCGUCCUCAUCAGAUACUCCAAAAACAGACUGACGCUCAUGGUGGAUGCAGAAGGUAAGCAGGAAUGGACAAACUGUGCUGACAUCACAGGAUUGCGGCUACCUACAGGAUACUUCUUUGGAGCCUCCUCUGCCACUGGAGACUUAUCAGAUAACCAUGACCUCAUCUCCAUGAAGCUGUACCAGCUGACAGUAGAGAGGACUCCAGAGGAGGAGAAGGAGCUGGAGGAGGAGGUCAUCAUUCCCAGAGUUGACAACAUGGAACAGUUUCAAGUUGUUAUCCAGGAGGAAGGGAUGAGCAAAGUCCAGAUCUUCUUCACCCUCCUCUUCUCCAUCAUGGGCCUGGGUGUGCUGGCAGUGAUAGGGCUGGUGCUUUACGGACGCUGGACAGAAAAGAGGCGUAAACGCUUCUACUGAUCAGGAAGCAAUGAUCCGUGUAGGUUUUCAGAAUGUUUGUUGCUUUAUCAACAGACAUGACAACAAUGACAAGACUUGCCACAGCUUUACUGAAACUAUACAAUCAAAUGAACAAUGAGUGAAAAACCUCGUGGGUCUGAAGCCCAGAAACAGAAACAGAAAUUAGCCGAGAUGUACAGGUGAAGAGAUCAUGAACAGGUAAGCCAGCUGUAGAAUAUUCUUUAAAGCUGCUUUCAGACGUGUAGUGAACUCUGGAGAUUCUCUGAAAUUUCUCCGGAGGAGGUGAAUGUGUGAAGGCGAUUGUCCGUCGUAGUCGUAGAAGACACAUGUCAAGAGAGAUUUUGUGAUCAUAGCCGAUGUUUACGUGCUGUUAACAAAAACUUCCUGCCUCUGUCUGCUGCUCCACCCCUCACCUGAAUCCUGCAUAAAUUUGUUGCUGCUGCGAAAGUUUCUGAGCAGAGAAUCUCUUGCUGUGUUGUGCAAUUGAAAGGUAUCCUCUGGAGAAUGUCCACACCCAAUACUCCGGAGUUCUCCCUGAAAUCAUGUCUGAAAACAACUUUAAUGUAGUGGGAGACGGACAAGAUAAAGCUGCCCUUGUAAAAACAAGUUCAAAUAUGUUCAUCUCAACUUAAAGCACAGUGGGUUGAAGAAUCCCAUCGCACUUCCUGACAUACUGUAGAUUUCAGCCGAACAAAAAUGUGUAAAUCCUCUACAAAAUCAGAUGCUGUGUUUACUGUCACCAUUUCACAGGUUUUUUUGGUACAGAAGUCUAGUUACCUCUUACUGCCACUUGGUGCUGCCAGCGUGCAGCUUUGAUCUGACUCUUAGCUGCUGUGCAGACCAGUCAACCAGUGGAUCACUGCAGAUUCUUGCUGCACCAUAGAAGCUCCUCCAUGCAUAGAGAGCACCUUAUAAAAGCCAGCGAAGCACUAUGAUCAGCUCGUGUGACAAUUGGGUUUAACCCGGCUGUUUUUUAAAUGUACGACCAAUGACACCUCAUAAUAUGUUGUACAUUAAUAGAGCUAUCGGAGUUACCAGUGCUGUUUAAGUGCCUAGCUCGGACCAAUAAACACAAGGUCUUACUUUAUAUUCCAGCUCUUUCUGGAGUUUUUAGUUCCCCCUUAAUUUCAUCUCAGAGGAUUUGGCUUCAGUCACUCUCUAAAGUUACUUACACUUCUUAGCUGCUGUUGUAGCUUGCGCUAAGAAAUACUUGUCACCACUGUCUUUUAAAAAAUCCCUAACAUUCUCUGUGGCACUGAAUUGUAUCAACGUCUCAUCUAACUAUUUCAAUAUGUUAUGAACUAAUUCAUUCAUUAUGUUGCUUUAGAAUUUAAAUCUGGAAUGCACUGUGAAUUUGAUAGCCAUAUGCAGGAUUAUGUUGUUGCGUUAGAGUAAAGUAUAUAUGAAUGCUGUUUAUUGUUUAGGAGUGUAACCUGUGAUUUAUUUGUUCAAAUUAUGCAAUACAAGCUCGUGCCUUACACUUGGUGUCCAGUGGCUGGAGCUCCCUCACCACUGCUGUACAGGCAAAUAAGGGAACUGGUUACUGUGAUCUGUUUCUUCACUGCUGUGUAAAUGAGGAGCUUUGUUUCUGUAAUCAGGGCGGAGCAUCAGGUCAACUGCAGACAGGCAAAGUGACAGUGGAGCAGCCACGUAAGAGGACACAUAUUUACAGAUCAGCGUGUCCACACAUUUAUACAUCCAUUGAAAAUCCGACUGAAGUCAAACUAUUGGACAAUAUCAUCUGGAAGUUUCCCUGGAGAUCUAGAGAAGGGACAGGGUGCUACCUAAAGUCAUCACAAUUAGUGAAGUAAAGGCAAAAUAAUUAUAAAUAUUUGUGUCAUUAACAGGCAGCAAUGUGUUGAUUUGAACAAAAGCCCAAACCAGCACUUGUAACGUUGUGUGUGGACAUGCAGAGAGGUGACAGAGCCACAUCCACUGGUCAGGUUCCAAACAGGCCUUUUUCACAGCAGCCAUUUUAACUGACAGCAGGUAAAGGUGAGCAGUUACUGAACAGACAGCGGCUCUGUUAAAAGCAUGACAGUGUGACACUGAGGCAACAUGCACAAUACCAGGGCCCUGACACUGAAGCAGCUAAAUGGAAUUCAGGCAUCAUUCAUUUAGCUUUCUUGCUAUGACAUGUCGAAGUGUCUGUCAUGAAAACAGCCUGUGUACAGUCGGAGCCUGGAGUCACUUCAGACCUGGAGCCUCAGUCAGAGAUGACGUGUGGGCUGCAAAGGUCUUAGCUCACUUCUGUCUGACUCCACAAACUUCGAUUAAUUUACAGACCUGGAGCCUUCAAGCUCAACUGUCACUUAAAUCGCUUGAGGCAAUUCAUUGUAAUGUGUUAAAGGAGACAUUUUGUGUGUUUACCUGGGGGGGGGGGGCCUUAGGAGUCAGGUGCUAACCCCAAACAGAAUCUGAAAAGAGGACCUGCAGUAACUGACAGUAGGAGUAAAGUGAACUUUAGAGCAUGUAAACCUUUUCAAAUCAAAAUCAUGAACCUGAACAUGAGAACAAUAUGUCUCCUUUACAUCUGCAUAUUUCAAAUUUCCUCCCUGCUGCAGAAUGACUUGAACAUCAGCUUUAGUGGUUUUCAUUUUUGUAUAUGAGUAGUUGUGGUGUUAGUCAUGGCUGAGUCACAGGAUGAUGCAGACUUUACUUUAAGGCAAACCGAGUCCGGUAACAGCUCCUGUGUUUUAAGCUUAAAGAUACAUCAACACUUCUCCAUCCGUUUUGUGCGAUUCUUCUAAACAAAAUGAUCAUGUUCACUUAGAGGAGGAUAAAAAAAAACUGAAGAAGAAAGUGCAAAACUACUGUCGCGUGUGAAAAUCUCCCUGGAAUUGCAAAUGCACUUAUAAAUCUAAAGUUCACUCAACAGGUUAAAACAGCACCAGCACAACAGUCACUAAUGUCACUGACUGACAUUAGCACAUGAUGCAGAUACAAGGAGGCAGAUGAAUAGCGCUGCUUCUUAUUUACAGCAACAUGUUUGUAAGAGUGUUAACAUGUAGGGAGAUUUCCAUGUGCUUGUGUAGAAAAGAAGGGAGGAGGUGCUGCAGAACUCCAGCUGAGCGAACAGCUUAUCUUUAUUGAGGCAGGUAGAAGCACAAAAAACAAGAUCCCUCAGGUCCGGCUGAUUAAUGAAUAUUGUAGAUAAUCGUGUGGAAAGAAAUGAAGGCACUCCAUCUUCAGGUGAAUUUUUUGUUAUUAAUCUAUUUUUUCUAUUAAAAUGAUUAUUCAUUCUUCAGGGACCCUGAUGAAGAAUUGAUACAUGCUGGUCUGACAGUCUAUGUGCUUGAAGAAUGCAGAGCCUUUUUUUCCUCUGUGACAUUUUGCUUUAUUCAACAUCCAGCAACACCUCUGGGAUCUUGUUUGUUGUAUUAUUUGUUCUUGCAUAUGUCAUUUUGGUUCCUGCUGUUUGAAAGCAUAUCAAUCAGUAGCUAAUGUCAUGUUCAUGCUCGGAGUUAAAGCUCCACUACCUGCCUCUUGAAGCUCUUCAGACUGUUAUUUCACGUUUCCUCAAAUUGUCUGUGUAGGUUUUUUUAAUUGUCUUAUGAAAGUCAAGCUGUUUGUCGCAAUGAUUUAAUUCAUGAGCCAACAUUGUGGCAAACGGCUCUAAUUAUUUAUAUAGUAAUGUUCAGCAAAUCCUAAUUUGUAAAAUCAAAACACUUGUUUUAGACAAACUGUAAGUGAAGAUCAUUUGUUGUUUUUGCUCCUGUGUUUGAAUGUUUUUCAGUAAAAGUUUCUGGGAUUUAUCUCA